UUUAUUAUCAUUUUUUAUAAUUUCCUAUUAUUGUUUUGUUCUGUAUAGACGUUUCUCUUGUUCAGAAGAGUUCAAAACACGACUCUGGUGUAGUGUGUGAAUCGACUCUAUAUGGUGAUUGCAUUUAAUUCCGCUCAUACAGGCAAUAUGUUAAUCCAGCGGUUUAAAUUUCAACAUUACAAGUUAUUGGUUGUCAGUGUGGUAACACUAAGGCACACAACGAUUGCCCAGAGUUUGAGGAUAUUUCAGACGCGAACGCGUAAAUCUUAUAUUUCCAGAUUCUUAAAAACAAAGAAAAAACAAGAAACCAGUAAUUCUCAACUGACGAGUAGCACAUCAGUAGAAGCAAAAGUGAUUCCAAUAGCAUUUCUAGCUUCUUUUUCGUUGUUUUCCUCGAAUUCAAAGAAAACAGUUGCCGAUAAGAUCAAUAACACAAAAAUGGCCGAUGAGUCUGCUAAAACAAUUGCUGAUACGAUCCAACAUUCUGAUCAACUGUUCGAUGAGAAUAAUUUUCAAGAAGCGUACGAUUUACUACUGAAGUGUUCUGAACCCGAAUCGUGGGAGAUCAAGUGGCGCAUUGGUCGCGCUCUGUACAAUUUAUCGAAAACGAUUCCUAGCCCAAAAAAGGAACAAUUGGUACGGGAAAGUUUCCAGUAUGCCACCGACGCCUUGGCAAUGAACGACAGCGAUUAUGCCACUCACAAGUGGUACUCGAUUUUAUUGGAUGCUAAAAGUGGCUUAGACGGAAUAAAGGAACGCGUCACCCAGCUAGAAAACGUUAAAAAGCACAUGCUAAGGGCUGUUGAAUUAAACCCUCACGAUGCUACCAGUUGGUUCAUAUUAGGUCAAUUUUACUACGGGUUGGCUGAGCUCCCUUGGUAUCAGCGGAAAAUUGUUUCGACUAUUUUCGCAACACCGCCGACGGGAACCUAUGAAGAGGCCUUGGAGUGUUUCGAGAAAGCCGAAAACACAAAGCCUAAUUUUUAUUCCAUGAAUCACCUGAUGUUGGGUAAAACCUAUCACGCGUUGAAGAACUCUGACAAAGCGAAGGAGUAUCUUACAUUGGCGGCUAACGUUACUGUGUUGAACGAAGAUGACAAGCAAGCGAAAGAAGAUGCAGCCAAACUAUUGAAAAAGUUGUAAAAAUGGAAAGAUUUUGAAAAUCAUUUUUUAAUGCAUAUUCAUUAAUAAAAAAGAGGGAUGUUACUAGUUUUACUGUUAGGUUGAGGCAUAUGAUUGUGACUGUAUUUUUCAAUAUCAAAUUUAUCAAAUAGAAGUAUAUUUUGCAAAACUUUGUGACGGUUAAAA